GUAAACGCCGCCGUCGUCACGGUCGUCCGACCUGGAAAUUUAUCCCUGCCACCACAAGGGGUAGAGGCAAUUCCACUCGGUCAAGCUGGUGAGGUCCCCCGUGGAGGCGCUUGGCGAGGUUCGCGUACGACGUCGAUCGUACCCCCCUUCGAGCGACAGGGAAAUGCUACGAAGGGGUUGCAGCCGCCAUGCCGUACCCCCGUACCGAGAGCAGUCCGGUAGGGUAGAGAGAAGAAAGAGGGGGAAGGCUACGGGGGGGCGGACGCAGGCAGAUUUUGAUGGUAGCAUGAAGGGACAGAUCAAAAAGACUACUUAACCGGCAGAGGAGCCCCCUCGUUGAACUCGACCCAGGUCUCACCUGUGACUACUCUUUUUCGCCCUUUCACUCUUCAUCACUCUUCACUUUUGCGACAACUGGAAGGCUAUCGCACCUAUCACAUAACACCAUUCCGACCUCCUAACCAUGUCUGUACCAAACGAGAAGCGUGAUGGUGGUUUCGAGGAAGUGCCGAUUACCAAGCAGGAGCCCUACACCCAGCCAAAUGCGUAUGAGCUGUCAAACGACAACGAGCAGACCAUCACGGGAUCACCGCGAACCUCGACCGACUUGACCUCGACACCGAGCAAGAACGACCUGGCCGAGAGUCUCGACCCGGUAUACGCGGCCAAGGCGACCGUCCUGAACAAUGCGCUCAACGAGAUUGGUAUGGGACGAUACCAAUGGGAACUCUUCGGUCUGGUCGCCUUUGGGUGGGCUAGCGACAACUCGUGGUUGAUCGUAACAAGUCUCAUCUUGGCUCCCGUUGGCAACGAGUUCAACCCCUCCGAGCCGACUUUUUUGACGCUUGCCCAGAACAUCGGUCUUUGUUUCGGUGCUUUCUUCUGGGGAUUUGGCUGUGAUAUCAUUGGUCGAAAAUGGGCUUUCAACAUGACGCUCGGUAUCGCCGCAGUGUUCGGUCUGGCCGCCGCUGGUUCGCCUACCUUUGCCGCCAUCUGUGUAUUUGACGCUCUCUGGAGUGUCGGUGUCGGUGGUAACUUGCCCGUCGACUCGGCCAUCUUCUUGGAAUUCCUUCCCGGAACGCAUCAAUACCUCCUUGUCGUCCUUUCGACAUUCUGGGCGCUGGCACAGCUAAUCGCCAACUUGAUCGCAUGGCCCCUUCUCGGAAACUUUACCUGUGAACAAGGAGCCGCUACCUGCACAAAAUCGGAGAACAUGGGUUGGAGAUACUACCUCAUCGUCAUGGGAGGACUCGGAAUGAUCAUGUUUAUUCUCCGAUUCUUCUGCUUCAAGCUUCAAGAACCUCCCAAGUACCUGAUGGGCAAGGGCCGAGACGAGGAAGCCGUCAGGGUCGUCCAUGCCGUGGCGAAGAAGAACGGCAAGACCUGCGACCUCACGCUCGAGGACUUGCAAAAGUGCGAAAACCUCUUUGUCGGACCUGCCGCCGGAUCCCCUGAGGAUGAGAUCAGGAAGAAGAUGGCUAGGAGCGGAGAGUCUGAAAAGCUCGAUUUGCACCACGUCAAGGCCUUGUUCUGCGACAAGAAGACGGCUUGGUCGACCAGCUUGUUGAUCAUCAUUUGGGGUCUGAUCGGUUUGGGUUUCCCUCUCUACAACGCUUUCUUGCCUUAUAUCCAGGCUAGCAAGGGUGUUGAAUUCGGUGACGGUUCGACCAAUACUACCUACCUCUACACUGUAUACAUCGCCCUCUGUGGUAUCCCCGGUGCCUGUGUCGGAGCCUUCCUCGUCGAGCUCCCCCGUCUCGGCCGAAAGGGAGCCCUCGCCUUGUCGACCUUCAUGACGGGUGCAUUCCUGGUCGGAUCGACGUUCUCGAACAGCUCCAAGGAUCUUCUCGCAUGGAACUGCGCGUACACCUUCUCACAAAACAUCAUGUACGCCGUCCUCUACGCUAGCACCCCGGAGACUUUCCCCACGCUGCACCGGGGGACCGGGAACGCCCUCGUCGGGACGGCCAACAGGAUCAUGGGGAUCCUCGCGCCCGUCAUCGCCAUGGUCGCCGGUCUCGAACAGUCUUCUCCCAUCGUCUACACGGCGGCUGGAUUGUUCGGGCUGGCAUCGAUCAUCACCCUCUUCCUGCCUUUCGAGACUCGAGGCAAGAUGAGCAUGUAAAAACAUACCUGCACACCACACCGCAUCAACCCAUCACCAGGACCCCCUUCCGCGCCUCUCUUUUAGGGAUCACGACCUUUCUGCCGACUCUUUGACGACUCUUUUUCAAUAGCAACUUCUCUUCUCGCUCUGAUCUUUUUUUGAGGUCCCGGACUUCUUGGUGGAGGAUCCACCCAGGCUAGCUCUUCAAGGUGACCGCUAUCGCCUUGCACAUCACUGUAGCUUCUCGUAGACAUAUAUACAACAGCACCAUCUAGAUGUAGCAUACUAGCGACAUGCAAUAUCAGAUAUCAUCCUUGCAUGC